GGGAUCUUUGCCUUUGUGUCUGCGCGCGCGCGCGUGCCCGUGAUGAUGUAGAAUUGCGAGUCGAGUGUUUGCCUCCCAUUGGCCGCGAGGCUAGUGACGCGCGGGAGGGCGCUAAGAUAUGGAGCGAGCGGGCGUCUGAUGAGGCAGCAGCGGAGGCAGCUCCAUCAGCAGCAGCAGCGACGCACAGGGUUCCUGCUCAGCGGAGACCCCCCCCCCCGGACUCCCCACGGCCACCUCCAUCCAGCAAAGAUCCCCCCCAUCCACCCGCACGCACGCACACCCCAGCGGCCUCCUUUCGUACGGCUCCAAAAAAAAAAAGCGCACAACGGAGAGGGUAGCUCCGGUCAGGCCGGACGCAGGACAAGGCAGACGCGCAACAUCUUAGUUCACGUUUUAAAAAAAUAAAUUCACUCAUCGCGUGAUCUCUCCCGAGGAGCUGCUUGCUAUCCAUCCCCGCAAGGCGCGCGGUUUUUUUUUUUAAUCUGAAAGCAAAUUAUUCGGGAGUCGGCGAGCUCAAUGAAGAAGAUUGCUGGAGAAGGCUUCCUCCGGCAUUCGUAGCCCGAAAGGACACCGCAGUUUGCUGCCGCUGCCGCCGCUGACUGUCUCUCUCUCUCUCUCUCUCAACCUCCGAAAGACAUCAGAGACGAGACGCGUUCGUCGCGUCUUUCUCUCUCGGCACGGGGGAGAGAGAGCGACACGCAGGGGAGAGUCGGCACGGGUGGAGAGAGAGAGAGAGAGCGCGCGACACGCAGGGAGAGUCGGCACGAGAAGAGAGAGCGACACGCGGGGAGAGUCGGCACGGGUGGAGAGGGAGGAGGUGGGAGGAGGCCGCGUGCGUUCGUGACCCCAUCGCCUGCGAGCCCGUGCGUCAUGGUUUACUGCGCGGGUUGCGAGCGGCCCAUCCUGGGUCGCUUCCUGCUCACGGUGCUCGACCGGCCCUGGCACCCGGGCUGCGUGCAGUGCUGCGAGUGCAGCUGCUCGCUCUCGGACAAGUGCUUCUCCAGGGAGGGCAAGCUCUACUGCCGCGAAGACUUCUUUCGGCGCUUCGGCCCCAAGUGCGCGGGCUGCUCCCAGGGCAUCUCGCCCAGCGAGUUGGUGCGCAGGGCACGCGAGCGAGUCUACCACGUGGCGUGCAUGACGUGCGCGCUCUGCGGCAAACAGCUGCGCACCGGCGAGGAGCUCUACAUCCUGCCCGGGGGGGCCUUCCUCUGCAAGGAGGACUACCUGGCCUCCGGGCCCCCCCUCGACCCCGCCGCCGCCGCCGCCGCAGCAGCAGCAGCCCACGGCUCGGCCGGCAGCAGCGGCGGAAGCCCCUCGGACGCGGCGCCCCUCCGAGACACCGGCGUCAGAUCGGUGGCCGCGACGGCACGCAGCGACGGGAGCCCGACCUCCCCGGAGGGCGCCGCGCGGAGCCCCGACGGCGGCGAGGACGGCGAGCUGUCCAAGGACGCGGCGGGGCCCGGCGGCUCGGACAAGGAGGGCGAGGCCGAGGAGGCGGCGGGCGGCGCCGGCGGCAAGCGCCGGGGGCCCCGCACCACCAUCAAGGCCAAGCAGCUGGAGACACUGCGCGCCGCCUUCGCGGCCACGCCGAAGCCCAGCAGGCACGUGCGCGAGCAGCUGGCCCAGGAGACGGGGCUCAACAUGCGCGUCAUACAGGUUUGGUUCCAGAACCGGCGCUCCAAGGAGCGGCGCAUGAAGCAGCUGAGCGCCCUGGGGGGCCGGCGGGGGCACGCUCUAUUCCGAGGGGGGGCGCGGAGGGCGAGGCCGCUUGCGGGCCGCCUGGAGGAGGGGGAGGCAGGGGCUCCCUUCGCGUAUUACCCCGACUACCCCCCGGAAUUCUACGGACCGACGCCCGGCGGCGGCGUGGGAGGCUUCGAGUUCUACCCUCCGCACUCCCAGGCUCAGACGCCGCCCGACAUGGGAUUCCUGCUACCGGGCCCGCCGGGCGUCGGUGCCGCGGCGGCCGCGGCCGCCCUCGGGGGGGCCCUGGAGGCUGCCCACCCCUCGCUGCUGCAGCACGGCGACCGCUACUCGGACCUCAUCUCUCCGCCGGGCGCCGGGCGGGACUGCCCCACGAGCCCCAACGCGGCCCUGCCCGCGCACCUGCACGGGAUGCCGCCCGGGAACGGCUUUCCCUCGGGGGCCGAGCCACCCUUCGGGCUGCACAGGGCAGGGGGUUACGAGCACAUGGGACACGAGAUGGGCGAGGCGACCGUUUGGUGACGCCAGAUUUGGUAGCCGCCGCCGCCGCCGCACGUGGACGUUGGCCGCGGGGAGCGUGUCGCGGCGCGCGACGCGUUCUGCGGUCAACGUUGCGGAAGAAGGCGAACGUCCCCACGGCGCUUGUGCCCAGGAUAGGUGCACUUCUUUGUGACCAUGACGCGUAGGCACGCACGCACACGCACACAGACACACGCUCGCGCAAAGCACGUGCGACCAUUCUGCGAUCGCCGAAGGGACAAAGAUCCCCCCUUGUAUUGCCUCAAACAGAUUGUUGGAGCCAGUGCUGCACUUGUUAAGGUCACCGUGGGCACACGAGGUGGGCGGUGAUGUUGCCAGCACCACGCCGGGCCGCCUUUGUCUCCCCAGUGCUGAUGUUUACACACCGUAGUAUUUACAUAAUUUAAGACCGGUGAUCCAAUGGGAGGCCCACGACCGGUUCAGAUGUCCAUCACUCGCCACUUAUGAUGUCAGCCUUGGCCUGUAAUCAAACUGGGGCCGCCGGGUUAAUAUAACGCAGCGUGUUUAACCUUUUACGCCACAUACCUGAGCGGUUUGUUAAGGUUGUACGGGUGAAGGUAACUUUGUGAUCACACGCGGACGCACGCACAGACACACACAACAACGCGUGCGACUAUGGCGAGAUCAUGAGACACACGGCUACGCAAAGAGCACAAAUAUAAACGGACAGCCACGACAAAACAAGAAGGCAACGCCCUCCCAAGACAGCAGAGCGGAGUCCUGUACUGCAAUGAAAACUUCGGAGAUGAUAUAUCGACUUUGACCAAAGGAAAUUGCUGAGAGAGCGACCGGCUGCUCGCGACGCGAUGCUUAUGCAAGUGGACAGCCGGUAUCGCCAUGUGGGUAUGCUGACUGAUGGGGCGUACCGUGGCCGCGUCGGAAGCUGUUUCGGGGCUUCUACAUCGGAUGGCUAAAGUUGUCAAGCGACACCUCCUGCCGUUCGCUGGAGGGACUGCCGGGGUCCUUCCCGUGGAUCGUUUUUUGUCACUGUGUGGCCAGACGUAAUUACAUUCAGAAGGCACGUCGUCGGGAAGAGUGUACAUAAUACCAAAUAGGGUCUCCUUUAAAUCUGAAUUUAAAAAUGAAUGAAUAAAUAAGUAAUAAAGUGAGAAUCAAAACCAUCUAAUAAUGUAUUAGAUAGAGUAUGUGCGACGAGUGACCAAAUGUACAGAGGCAAACGCGUCCCAACAGACUAUUUGUACAUUGCCAAAUAUUUUAGCUAUGAUGACGCAGUGUUUUGGGAAGCAGAGUGGUUUUUGGAAAAAUAAUUCUCGAAAUCUGCCCUGGUCCCCCCUCUCACGUGCGAAGUGGCAGACUGUGAAAUGAAAUUCGGAGCAUGCCGCGUCACGGAUUAUGUAAAGUGCCACAAACGGGAGCGGAUUAACGGGGUCGUUUUAUUUUUCAAUCGCGACACCGCGGCUGGACAGGGAUGGGUGUCGUGUUAUCAUCUCUCCCCACCCCCAUCUCAACAAGUGACGCGCUAAUUCGAGAGAUGAGCCCCGGUUCGAGUUUGUCGGAAGAGGUUCAAUUUCCAUUGUGCACAAUUUUUUUUUUUGCAAGCGGAGGUCGUGUUAAGUUGCCAGUUGCCCUGAUUUAUAAAAUAUCACAAUGCGUGCUUUAAAGUAAAAAAAAGAAAACCUCAGCUUUUAACUUAAUCACGGUAGCGUACUUUUGAGAGUAGUUUUGCGCGAUGAAAAAAAAAUAACUUCAAGCGUGAUCGUUGCGUGUUGGUGUUGAAGAUAUUGCAAGUCUGGACAGAUGCAGAAGAUGACAAUUACAGACUCGAGCAGUUGACGGGCAAUGGUUUUACUUUCGUCAAUUUGCAUGUGAUGAUGCUCCAAAUGAAAUUUGCUGGCUUGCAGUUGCACAGGUUCAUGUAUGUCUAAAAAGAAACUGUACUCGCACACGUACUCGUAACACAUGUACAAACACACAACCCGUGUUCAUCACUGCACAUUACACAGAUAUAGGGGCGAGUGUAAUUUAAGUUAAAUGUCUUUACAUUUGACUAUCCGUUGUUUACUUAUUUUUUAUUUAAGGGGCGUUAUUUAUAGCAGGCAGCUAACUGGACAUUCUGCAAAGACGAGUUAAAAUAUUCUCAUUGACACUUUGGUAUGUUUAAGUAUUUAUUAUUGCUAUUUUAUUUUUGCUGGACAAACUGGAUUUUGUGUGUAUAAUGCAAUUUAGUACGGGUGAUAAGACUUGGAUCGUGUAUUGACAAAAAAAUGUGAUGUUUAUUUCAAGUCACCUUCUGAAUGUGCUAGAAUUGUGUAUUUGGAAACUUUAAUGAGAAUUUGACAUCCGUUGAUGGUUCAGUUUUUAUUAUUAGAGUAUCUUGGUCGAAACCUCACAAUGCCAAAUGUCUGCAAAAUACCUCCUUGUAAUAAAUUGUAAGGAAGGGAGAUCAUUCAA